AUGCAGACCCCGGACUGGGGCGCGCUCGAGGCCGUCGACGGCGUCCGGCUGUCGUGGAACGUCUGGCCGAACAGCAAGGCGGAGGCGGCGAAGUGCGUCGUCCCCCUCGGCGCGGUGGUGACCCCGCGAAAACCCCUCCCGGACAUGCCCGUCGUGCCCUACGACCCGGUGCGAUGCAAAGGCUGCGCCGCGUGUCUGAACCCGUACGCGCGCGUGGACUUCAACGGCAAGCUGUGGAUAUGUCCGUUCUGUUACGCGCGGAACCACUUCCCGCCGCACUACGCGUCGAUAAGCGAGACGAACCUUCCCGCGGAGCUGUUUCCCACGUACACGACCAUCGAGUACGCGUUGCAGCGACCGGCGGCGCCGCCGCCCGCGUAUCUCCUCGUCGUGGACGUGUGCCUCAUCGAGGAGGAACUGAGCGCGCUGAAGCAGUCGCUCACGAGGGCGCUGUCGCUGCUUCCGGAGAACGCGCUCGUGGGGUUGAUCACGUACGGCACGCACGUACACGUCCACGAGCUCGGGUUCGGAGACUGCGCGAAGAGUUACGUCUUCAGGCGCGUUCUAUACACUGGCGGAAAAGAGUUUUCCUCGGGGCAGAUCCAAGACCAGCUGUUCGCCGGCGCGAGGAGCGCGUCCGGGGCGAAUAACCGCGUCGGCGCGGGGAUGACGGCGAAUAACCCGCACCCGGCGGCGAUGCACGGCGGCGGCGCGAACGGCGCGCACGCGGCCGGGCACCAGAGCCGGUUUUUGGCGCCGCUCGCGGAUUGCGAGUUUCAGGCGCGUUCUAUUUCACACUGCGUGCUGGAAGAGCUCUCGCGCGACCCGUUCAACGCGCUCCCGGACUGCCGCCCGGCGCGGUGCACCGGGACCGCGGUCGCGGUCGCCGCGACGCUGCUGUCGAGUUCCGUGCCGUCGCAGCCCGCGCGCGCGAUGCUCUUCGUCGGCGGCCCCGCGACGGACGGCGGCGGGCAGGUGGUGGGGAAAGAUCUCGAGCAGGCGAUGCGUUCGCACAAGGACAUCGCCAAGGACGCGGCGCCUUUUAUGCGCAAGGCGUUCAAGUAUUACGAAACGAUCGCGACGCAGUUGUGCGCGAACGGUCACUGCUUGGACGUUUUCGCGUGCUCUUUAGACCAAGUCGGAUUAGAGGAGAUGAAGGUGUGCGUGGACAAGACGGGAGGGAUGGUGGUGCUCGCGGAGAGCUUCGCCAACGUCGUCUUCAAGACGUCCUUCUCUCGAAUGUUCGCGACGGGAAAAGACGACGCGUUGGGCGUCUCCGCGGGCGGGGUGUUCGAGGUCAUCACGUCCAGGGACGUGAAGACCGCCGGGUGCGUCGGCCCGUGCGCGCCGUUGGAUAAGAAGACGCUUCCGGGCGCGAUCGCGGACGUUAGCAUCGGCAGCGGCGGGACGACGGCGUGGAAGUUGUGCUCGCUGUCGGACGACACGUCGCUGGCGGUUUUUUUCGAGGUUGCAAACUCCGGGAAGGACGGCGGCGGCGGCGGCCAGGACGGCGGGUACGGCGCCCAGGGGUACGGCGCGCAGCAGCAGCAACAACAGUUUUUCCUCCAGUUCGUCACCAUGGCGACGCUCGCGAGCGGGGAGACGCGGUUGCGCGUCACGACGACGACGCGGCGAUGGACGGAGGGUGCCAACGUCAACGACGUCGCCGCGGGGUUCGAUCAGGAGGCGGGCGCGACGCUCGUCGCGCGUCAGCUCACGUGGAAGAUGGAGACGGAGGACGAGUUCGACUGUCCCGCCGCGACGAGGUGGCUCGACCGGAACCUCAUACGGAUGUGUCAGCGAUUCGGGGACUACAGGAAGGACGACCCGGCGUCGUUUCAGCUCAUGCCGCAGUUUUCGAUUUAUCCGCAGUUCAUGUUCAACCUUCGUCGGUCGCAGUUCGUGCAGGUGUUCAACAACUCGCCGGACGAGACGGCGUAUUACCGCAUGAUAUUGUGGCGCGAGAACGUUCUGAACUCUUUGGUGAUGAUCCAGCCGACGCUGAUGGCGUACUCGUUCAACGGGCCCCCGGAGCCGGUGCUGCUGGACGUGUGCUCCAUCACGCCGGAUCGCAUCCUCGUCUUGGACGCGUUUUUCUCCAUCGUCGUCUUUCACGGGCAGACGAUCGCGCAGUGGAGGAAGGCGAACUACCAGGACCAGGAGGAACACGUCGCGUUCAAGCAGCUCCUCGAGGCGCCGAAGGCGGACGCGAACGACGUGUUAAAGCAGCGGUUCCCGACGCCGCGGUUGGUGGAUUGCGACCAGCACGGAUCGCAGGCGCGCUUUUUGCUCGCGAAAUUGAACCCGUCGGCGACGUACAACAGCGGCGGCGCGGGCGGCGGCGGCGGGGGGGACAUCAUCUUCACGGACGACGUCUCGUUGCAGGUGUUCAUGGAUCACCUGAAACGGCUCGCGGUCGCCAAGGAUUAAGAAGGACCUGGUUUGUUCCAUACAGUAGUAGUACUUAGACGUUGUCGAGGGAUGAAAGCGGCGAGAACUCACGCGAACG